CGUUAAUUCUACGGAAGUGACGUUAAAACGUAGGACGGAAGUUUUGUUGCUGGAAAAAGCGUAGAGUAUUUUCUCAUCAUGGCCGCGCUGGAGACGGUGCCGAAGGAUCUAAGGCAUUUACGAGCUUGUCUUCUGUGUUCAUUAGUGAAGACCAUAGAUCAGUUUGAAUAUGAUGGUUGUGAUAACUGCGAUGCCUAUCUGCAAAUGAAGGGGAAUCGAGAGAUGGUGUAUGACUGCACAAGUUCUUCUUUUGAUGGGAUCAUAGCAAUGAUGAGUCCUGAUGACAGUUGGGUCUCUAAGUGGCAGCGGAUCAGUAACUUCAAGCCAGGUAUCUACGCAGUAUCAGUGACAGGACGGUUACCCCAAGGUAUUGUGAGGGAACUGAAAAGUCGAGGUGUUAUCUACAAAUCGAGAGAUACUGCUAUCAAAUCUUAAUAGGCCAAUUUGUACUUCCUAUCGGAAUGAUGAUCUCUACAAUAGGAUUCUUCUAUUUGUAACUGGAAUCAUUUGUACUGAUCUCAAAAUGUUGUUAUGUAUCCUGUAAUGUAAUGUAUCUAAAUCAGUUACAUUUAUGGUUGUACGCUAGCAACAUUGCAGAGUCUGAAUUCUGCAAACAUCAUUCUCCUUGGUUAAGGUGAACUUUUAUCUAAAGGUAAAUAAUAAAAUACAGCAGGAAUACUUUAAUGUGACUUUUGUGAAUAUUAGAAUAAAGUACCAGUUAUAUACUA